AAAGAAUCAACUUCCAAAAUGUCGGUACGUCAUGAUUGGUAUCAAUCCGAGACCAAGGUGGUCAUUACAGUGAUGCUCAAAAAUGCCAAAGAGAAAAAUUACAAAGUGGAAAUCGAAAAACAACGGGUCCAUAUGACAGCUGAGGGCUAUGAAUUGGAUUUGAAGCUGUUCGCCCCCAUAGUGGUGGAACGUAGUUCAUAUAAAGACUUCCCGUCCAAAGUUGAAAUCACUCUGGCUAAAGAGACUGGAAUCCGUUGGGAUGGUCUAGAGGAGGCGGUAAAACAAAAACCUGCCGUUGCAGCUCCACCACCAAUUCACAAAAAGAAUUGGGAUAGCUUGGCCAAAGAAGUCGAGAAGGCGGAGGAGGCCGAUGCCCAAAGUGAAGAGGCUCUACAGCGUCUGUUCAAGAAAAUCUACAGUACAUCAUCGCCGGAAGUACAAAAGGCAAUGAACAAGUCAUUCAUGGAAUCGGGUGGCACCGUGCUGAGCACAAAUUGGAAUGAAGUUGGUAAAGAUAAAGUGGAGGUGAAACCACCAGAGGGUUGUGAAUUCCGUAAAUGGGAAUAGUUGA